AGCUCGUGGCACAAACACUUCCUCCAUCUCUCAACACUAAUCCAACGGCUAAAGGAAUUACUUAGACCCAGAAAUCCAAGAAAAAGAGGAUAUAUUUACAACAGCCAUAUCUUUCCCUGUAGUUUCACUAUCCUUUAUACCUUCCACAUCUUGAAAGAAAGAUAAGAAGACAAUGGCUUCUCUUCCUAUUGCCUUUGCUGCUCCAACAGUUAGAGUGUACGCAGCAACAGCAGCUAAAGGAGCUGGUGGCAGUAAAGAAGAGAAAGGGUUUCUUGAUUGGGUUCUUGGCAAUUUAACCAAGGAAGACCAGUUCUACGAGACUGAUCCUAUCCUCAAGAAAGUAGAGGAGAAGAGCAGUGGUGGCACCACCUCUGGCAGGAAGAACUCUGUCUCAAUUCCCCAGAAGAAGAAGAAUGGCGGCUUCGGUGGCUUCGGUGGCCUGUUCGCCAAGAAAUGAAUGAGAUUAUCUAUUUCUUUUAAUCUUUGUCUGCUCUCUCUGAAUCUCUUUGUGUCUCCAUUUUUAGAUAUGAUGAUGAUGAUGAUUAUGGGUU